GUGUACUCGUAGAUGAUGAUUAUGAUUAUGAUUAGUAUAGUAUAAAAUGAAUAUUUACUUAUUCGCUUGUAGAUCAUCUCUUGGAAUCGUCGGUAUGAAGUCCUCGGAAUCACUUGUUCUCUCGAUCGAUCACAGUGGUCACUAAACCGUGUCUGUAUAUCAAGAUAGGACUCUCCAAUCCGCCAAGGAGGGGAGUGUAGGAAAGCCAAUUUGAAAAUCGAAAUCCGCUCUCUCGUCCUCAUCCUCAUCCUCGAAAUCAAAUGUAUAUCCUUUGUAUAUUUCGAACACCUUCGAAUUGGAAAUAAGAACCAUUGCCCGUUCAAUUAUUAUCUUUUUAAAUUCCCAAACAAUGAACGAAUGCUUUAUCAGGUGUUUUUCGAUGGGAUGAAUCGAUACCCAGAAGAUCGAUGCUCUCUCCACGAUCCACCGAGCCACCCCACCCAUGCACAAGGCUGAGAAACCACCACAUUUUCCCACCCUCACCUCAGCCUUCCCUCCCCUCCCCUCCAAAAUGCCCCUCCUCCUCGUCCUCCCUCUCCAAAAACCAUGUCCCGACUCUUCACCUUCCUAAAAUCCUCUUCAUUCCCCCUCCCCUCAAUUCUCAAACCCAAAUCUCUCUUCAAAAACUCCCCCAGAGCCUCCACCUCCUCUCCUACACCCACUCCCUCCCCAAUUCCCCCCUUCCUCAAAGAAUUCACCUACUGGUCCCUCAUCAUCGCCUCCUGGAUCCCCGCAUCCAUCUUCUUCCAAGACCAUAUCGCAGAGCUGCAUAUCAUCAAUGGCGCCUCCAUGUAUCCCUUUCUCAAUACAGGGUACAAUGAGAGUUUGACGCGCGAUGUGUGUUUAGUAGAUAAGAGGAGGAAGGGAAGGGAUUUGGAAAGGGGAAUGCUUGUUUCUUUUAGAUCCCCCUACCACCCAGAAACCCUCGCAAUAAAACGAAUCAUCGCGCUCCCGGGUGACCGCGUCUACACGCACGCUCCCUAUCCCUACCCGUAUGCUGAUAUACCGGCGGGGCACGUUUGGGUCGAGGGCGACAAUGCCGAUUCGAGGAAAACAUUAGAUAGUAAUCAUUAUGGACCGAUUGCGAUAAAUUUAAUCACCGGAAAACUGACGCAUGUGCUUUGGCCUUGGGGGAGUAGGGGCAGAGUUAGGUGGGAACAGUGGAAGGGGAGGACGAGGGUAGUGAAGGGGUGGAAUGGUGGGGCGUGAUCUAAUACGGAGAUGCGAUGGAGAAUUUUGAUGGUAAUUGGAUGGUUGGUCUGGUGUUUCUUCAAUGGACUUGUCGUGCUGGGGACUCUUGAUGUACAUCACCAAUUGAAGGAUGUACGAAGUAUA